AUGUUAGAUUUAUUCAGCAUUUUUAGUAAAGGAGGAAUAGUGCUGUGGUGUUUCCAGAGCACAAGCGAAAUUUUUUCGCCUUCUGUGAACGCUUUAAUCCGUAGUGUGAUAUUACAAGAGCGUUCAGGCAACAAUACAUUCAGCCACAAUGCCUUAUCACUGCAAUACAAACUCGACAAUGAGUUUGAGCUGGUGUUUGUGGUGGCGUACCAGCGCAUCCUGCAGUUAUCAUAUGUGGAUAAGUUCCUCAAUGAUGUGCACCUGGAGUUUAGGGACAAGUAUAAGAAUGAGCUGCAAGGAGGCCACCACAUAAUGGACUUUGAUUUUAAAACCUCUUUUGAGAAGGUGUUACGGGAUUGUGAGAAAUGGGCUAAAUCACAAGCUAAGAUUCCAAAACAAAUGAGAACAUUUGAAGACUCGCAGAAGUCCAAAAAGACUGUUGCUUCAAUGAUUGAACGCAGGGGAGAAGAUAAGGGGAAGAAAUCUGUAAAAAUAGUAGAAAAUAAGAACCUAACUAAUGGCAAGGUGGAGGAGUCUCCGGAACAGGAGGAUGAUGUGAUUGCUAUGAACAGAGCUAAGAUGGCUCAGAAACUGGCUUCCAAGGGCAAAAAGGAGUUGCCCAAGAAGUCUCCAAAGAGUCCUAAGGUGGAGCGCGUGAAGCAGCCCCGCGUGUGGGAGCUGGGCGGCGGGACACGUGACCUGCCCUCGCUCGACUUCAGCACUGACAAGCCGGAGGACGCCGAAAACCAGAUCACGCCUGAUACUCAGCUAGUGGGUCAGAUGACGGGAGCUAUCCGUGACCUGGAGGUGGAAUCUGACGAGAGUAGCAGUGAGGAGGAAGAUGAGGGACCCACGCAGUCCGCUCAGAAGAAAUCAGGCGGCAUGUUCAGCAUAUUCAAGGGGUUGGUGGGGUCUAAGGCUCUGACGAAGGAGUCUAUGCGUCCAGUGCUGGACAAGCUUCAGGACCAUCUGAUUGGAAAGAACGUCGCGGCUGACAUUGCUACCAAGCUUUGUGAUUCUGUUGCUACCAAACUUGAAGGAAGGGUACUGGGAACAUUCGACAGUGUGGCUAAGACAGUGAAGGCGACGCUAACCGAGUCGCUGGUACAGAUCCUGUCUCCGAAGCGUCGCGUGGACAUCCUGCGCGACUGUAUGCACGCCAAGCAACAAGGGAGACCUUAUGUUGCUGCAUUUUGUGGGGUAAACGGCGUGGGCAAGUCCACAAACUUGGCGAAGAUAUGUUUCUGGUUGAUAGAGAACGACAUGUCGGUGCUGAUAGCGGCGUGCGACACGUUCCGCGCCGGCGCGGUCGAGCAACUGCGCACGCACACCCGCCAUCUCAACGCGCUGCACCCCGACUCCAGGCACCGCGGCCGGAAGAUGGUGCAUCUCUACGAGAAGGGAUAUGGUAAGGACGCGGCCGGCAUAGCAAUGGAAGCCAUCCGUUACGCGACGGACUCUAAGAUCGACGUCGUACUCAUAGACACGGCAGGCAGGAUGCAGGACAACGAGCCUCUCAUGCGAGCUCUGGCCAAACUCAUCAAAGUGAACGAACCAGACAUGGUACUCUUCGUCGGAGAAGCUCUUGUUGGCAACGAAGCCGUGGACCAACUUGUCAAGUUCAACCAAGCUUUAGCGGACCACAGUUCGUCUUCGAACCCUCACGUUAUCGACGGUAUUGUGCUUACCAAGUUCGAUACUAUCGAUGAUAAGGUCGGGGCUGCCAUAUCGAUGACUUACAUCACUGGACAACCGAUUGUGUUUGUCGGUACUGGUCAGACCUAUACUGAUCUUAAAGCUCUGAAUGCUAAUGCGGUGGUACACGCGCUUAUGAAGUGA